UUCCUGCUAUCAAUCAUAGCAGUUGCUAUUAGUAGAUUCCCGCACUUUUCAAAAUUUGGCUACUUUUCUUUGUCGCCGUCUCUCAUGAACUGAAAUGAAUUUUAUCAAAAAUCAUUCCUUUAAAUCCAAAAACAUCUUGUUUUCACGCUGUAAUUUUAAAUCUUCGGUUGCAUUACUUGAAAAUCUGCCAUUCAAAACUGAGCCGCAUGCCGAAAAUGACAUUAAACUCAACCCAGUAAAUUUCCUCAACAAUCAGUCCAAAUCAAGAAACUUAACACUCAUAGAAACCAAAAUCACGCAUGCCCUUUUACUCAAAACAUGUGUAUUUUACUCCGAUAUCUUUACCACCAACAAUUUGCUCGAUUCUUACUUCAAAUGUGGUAAGGUGGAUUGUGCGUUUCAGUUGUUUGAAAAAAUUCCCCAAACAAAUAUCGUUACGUGGAAUUUGAUGAUUUCAGGAUGUAAUGAAAAUUUUCUUUUUGGAGACUCGUGGUGGGUAUUUUGCCAAAUGCAUCUUUGGGGUAUUGGUAUGAAUCAGUUUACUUACGGGGGUAUUCUUUCUGCUUGUUGUGCUUUGGGUAGUGUGGUGUGUGGGGAGCAGGUUUAUGGGUUUGUGGUGAAAAAUGGGUUCUUUUUAAAUGGUUAUAUUCGUGCUGGAAUGAUAGAUUUAUUCUCAAGGAGUUGCAGGUUCAAGGAUGCUUUGAGGGUGUUUUAUGAUGUUUCGUGUGAUAAUAAUGUGGUUUGUUGGAAUGCUGUUGUGUCUGGGGCAGUUAAGAAUAACGAAAAUUGGCUUGCUUUGGAUAUUUUUGUCCAAAUGUGUCGUCUUGGGUUCUUGAUGCCAAAUGGUUUUACGUUUUCAAGUGUUUUGACUGCCUGUGCUGCACUUGAAGAGCUUGAGUUGGGAAAAGGUGUUCAAGGAUGGGUAACCAAAUGUGGUGUAGGAGAAGAUGUCUUUGUGGGCACUACUAUUGUUGAUUUGUAUGCCAAAUGUGGAGCCAUGGAUGAGGCUGUUAAGCAAUUUAAGCAAAUGCCUGUUCGCAAUGUUGUUUCUUGGACUGCCAUAAUCUCUGGUUUUGUUCAGCAAGGUGAUUCAAUUUCUGCUGUUUGGGUUCUUGACAAAAUGAGAAAAACAGGAGAAGAUAUUAACAACUUCACCAUCACAAGUGUGCUUGCAGCUUGUGCUAAUCUGUCUAUGUUUACAGAGGCAAUGCAGAUCCAUUGUUUGAUUUUAAAGAUCGGACUCUAUUCAGAUUCAGCAGUGAAAGCAUCUUUGAUAAAUAUGUACUCGAAAAUUGGAGUGGUUAAUUUAUCUGAGAUGGUGUUUGCAGAGACUCAAAGGUCGAAGCAACUAGGAGUUUGGACUAAUAUGAUAUCUGCAUUUGCUCAGAACGGACGUUCUGAAAAAGCAAUUAACCUGUUUCAGAUAAUGUUGAAAGAGGGUAUGGUACCUGAUAAAUUCAGUACUUCCAGUAUCUUGAGCAUCGUGGACUGUCUAACUUUAGGAAGACAGAUUCAUGGCUAUACUCUUAAAGCUGACAUGGCCUCUGAUGUUUCUGUGGGUAGUUCUCUUUUCACGAUGUACUCAAAAUGUGGUAACUUAGAGGACUCUUACAAAUUUUUUGAUAAACUCGAAGGUAAAGAUAAUCUUUCAUGGGCCUCUAUGAUUGCUGGCUUCGCAGAACAUGGAUUAGCGGAUAAGGCGAUUAUGCUGUUCAGAGAGAGAUUGUUAGAAGAAUUCAUUCCUGAUGAAAUGAGUUUAUCUGCUGUUCUAAGUGCGUGCUCUGCUCUUCGUUCCUUGAAGAUAGGCAAAGUAAUUCAUGGUUUCGCUCUUCGAUAUGGCUUUGGUGAGCAGAUGAUCAUUGAUGGAGCACUUGUGAAUAUGUACUCAAAAUGUGGUGAUCUCAAUUCAGCAAAGAUAGUUUUUAAAUUGAUGCCUUUUAAAGACCAGGUUUCUUGUUCCUCAUUAGUUUCAGGGUAUUCCCAAAGUGGAUAUAUUGAGGAGGCUCUGCAGCUUUUCCAUGAAAUUCUUCUAUCUGAUUUGAAUAUUGACGCCUUCACAAUUUCAUCUAUACUUGGGGCUGUUUCCCUCUUAAAUAUGCCAGACACUGGUACUCAGUUGAAUGCACAUAUUAUAAAAAUGGGAAUAGAGUCAGAAGCUUCAGUAGGAAGUUCACUUGUUACGAUGUAUUCAAAAUGUGGAAACUUCGAAGAUUGCAGUAAAGUGUUCCAACAGAUAAAAAAUCCUGAUUUAGUUUGCUGGACAACGAUGAUCACAAGCUACGCUGAACAUGGGAAAGGGUCAGAAGCUUUACACGUAUAUGACCUUAUGAGAAAGUCAGAAAUAAUGCCAGACUCGGUGACUUUCGUUGGUGUUUUAUCUGCUUGCAGUCAUGCAGGUUUAGUUGAAGAAGGGUAUUUCCAUCUAAAUUCAAUGUCUAGAGAGUACGGAAUUGAGCCUGGUUACCGGCAUUAUGCCUGUAUGGUGGAUGUUCUUGGUCGUGCAGGAAAACUAGAAGAGGCUGAGAGGUUUAUUUCUAACAUGCCUAUAGAACCUGAUGCUUUAGUGUGGGGAACACUACUUGCUGCUUGUAGAGUUCAUGGCGAUAUUGAGCUUGGGAAGCUCUCUGCUGAAAAGAUCAUGGAAUUAGGGCCUUCUGAUGCUGGAUCUCAUGUUUCAUUGUCAAAUAUCUGUGCUGAUGCAGGCCAGUGGGAAGAUGUACUGAAAAUCAGAGCUUCCAUUAUAGAAACUGGAGUUUGGAAGGAACCUGGAUGGAGUUCUGUAUGAAGCGUAGCCUGACCUUUGGGGUAAAGAUUUAUUAUUCCCUGACCUUAAUUAAAUUUUCCAUUCGAAUAUUGCCAAACUGUUUUUUAGGGAGAUUGUUAGAUUGCAUGGAGUUCCCUAGUCUAUCACAUCAGACCGGGAUACAAAAUAUUUGGGGGACUUUCGGAUUACUUUGUGAAAGUUGUUUGGAACCAAUUUGAAUCAAAGCAGCACUGCACAUCCCUAAACUGAUAGACAAAUUGAGAUUACUAACCGUACCCUUGGAAAUACGGUUCGAAGUGUUUGUGGAGAUAAACCUAAACAGUGGGAUCUUGCACUACUUCAAGUGGAUUUUGCAUAUAACAGCGUAGUUCAUACCGUUAGGGUCGGUCUCGUUUGCUAUUGUGUAUACAAAGGUUCCUUACCGUGCGGUGGAUCUAGUGAAAUUGCCUAAAGGUGAUAAUAGGGGUGUCGCUGCUGAACAUCUGACAAAAAAGGUGUUAGCAAUCUGUGAUGAAGUAAAACAGAAGUUGGAGAAAACUAAUGCGAAGUAUAAGGCAGCAACAGAUUCACAUCGAUAGGAUAAACAAUUUCAAAAAGGGGUCCCAGUGAUGAUGUUUUUGAGAAAGGAGAGAUUUCCUGUUGGUACUUGCAACAAGCUGAAACCAAGAAAGAAUGGGCCUUUCAAAGUGUUUAAGCCGAUUAACAACAAUGCCCACAUUAUUGAUUUACCAGUUUCUAUGAGCAUUUCUCGAACGUUCAAUGUGGCAGAUUUGUAUGAGUUUCAUAAAGAUGAUAAGCCUUUAUAUCCAAAUUAUAACUUGGGGUCGAGUUCUUCAGAGGUGGAAGAGACUGGUGUAGGACAUGUUGGGGAAAAUGUACUAGUAGGGGGAAAAUUUCCUAACUUCAGAUUGGACCCAUAAGACCAUUCUGAAAAGAAGAUGACGAGAUGAACAAUAUUCACAGCUAUGCUAUGAUGUACGAUGAAUUUCAGCCAUUCAAGUUCGUUUAGGACUCGAAAACUGAUUUUUAAAGU